AUGGGCUUGGAGACGAAGAUCAACAAAUCAGCCAGGUCGCUAACUGGCUUCAAUGGCGCAACUACUGUUACCGUGGGCACGAUAGACCUCGACGUCUACUCUCCACCAUUGAUCAUCUCACAAACCUUCAUGGUCAAUGAUGAAGUCUCCCCCUACAAAAGCAUUUUAAACAGACCAUGGAUUGGCAAGAUCAAUGAUGUCAUCUCCACCACGCAUAAGAAAAUCUGCUACCUAAUCCCUGGGGUGGUGUCGGACCAAGUCAAGGGAAUCCGUCCAAAGGUCUUUCCUGAAGAAGGAUGGAAGCCCGAAGAGGACUUCGAGCUAGUACCACUUGAUCCUGACAAGCUAGAGAGAAAAACAUUGAUCGGCUUGUGCCUAAGCCAGGAAGAGAAGGUAGAGCUUGCAGCCUUCUUCCAGAACAACAAAAACGUAUUCACAUGGUCGUCAUCCGAUAUGUUAGGCAUCGAUCCCCAGAUGAUCUAUCAUUGCCUUCACGUCAACCUAGCUAUCAAGCAAGUAGCGCAGAAGAGACGCAACUUUGCUCUCGAGCGAGUUGCAAUCAUUGAGGUCGAGAUCGAUAAGCUCCUAGUUGCUGGUUUCAUUGAAGAAGUCUCUUACACAUAA